AAGAGGAACUGGGAUUACAGAUCACUGGAUUACUUUAGAAAAGACCGGACGUUGUACCUGGUGUAGUGUUAUAAAGUGGUAUUUAUUUACUGAUUUUAAAAUGGGAAGUGCGGCUUCAGUAAGUGAGACCACAGUUCCAGACAGUUCUAACAUGGGUAGCUCCAACCAACAGGGAACAACAGACGAAGAAAUAGAAGAAAUGUUAAAAAGUACCCUUAACACCAACAACGAAACACAGGAUGUAAAUCUGAAGACACCUGAACGCAAACCGAAAAAAAGGAGGCAGGCACCUGAGGAAGACAAGGCCAUUGAAACAAUAGAACAAUUGUUAAAAGAUACGUUAAACACUAAAAAACAAACCCAGGAUGAGCACUCUUUUGCAGAAGUUCAGGAGACCUACCCAAUCCCAGUCAUAGAACCAGUAGAGGUGUCAAUGGCAUUUGACACUUUUCUCCAUGUAGACGGAAGCCUUUAUACUUGUUUUACUGAAAAUGGAAUCAUGAUGUACUUUAAUGAUACUAAGGGAAUUGUACCUUUUCCUGAGGACUGGUAUAGCCAAGGAAGAUUCAUUAAUGGAAAUAAUGAGGUGUCAAGUAAACCUCUCAGCUCAGAAAGUAAACAAAUGAUCCCAAGUCUUGUGGAAGAUGAACGUACUGGUGGGCUUUACAUACCAGGAAGAGGAAUGGUCAUGACCUACAUGUUUGAGGACAGAGUAAACAUUUGUAAAUACUUUCAUUCUGACUCUGGAACGUGGCUGGUGUUGCCAUUGCAGUGGGAAAUGAACAUAGAUUUCAUCAAAAGAAGAGUUUGGCAAGUCAAGGAAGCUCUUCCUGGUCUGGUGGACUAUAAAGAAAUAACUGCAGCGCUUAGACAAUGCAAGUAUGAUGCUGAUGCAGUCAUUUCUAUUUUUUUGUCAAUCUUCGGAGACAGCCUUUUGAAAGCACCAGAAGGGAUGGAGAAUUUCAGAGACACUAACUACUUUCGGGAUUAUCUACAAAAGGAACAGGCUAUUGAAGACCUGAAACAGCAAUUGAAAAUGAAAUGCAAUGAAGUAGAAAACUUACUCUUGAGAAAUAAAUGCCUUCAGAAAGUGAACGACCACAUGUCAGAAAUGAUCCACCCUUUAACCCAAAGACUUGCUGAGCUGGAGAUUGACCAGGAGGAAUCCCAUGCCAAAAUAAAAGCUAUGUAUAACCAGAGACACAAGACAUUGCAUGGGAAGGUGAUCAUAAAAAAAGCUGGGUCAUUUAUUGAGCCUGAAAUACUGCUAGAGGUCAGCAAAAUAACCAGGGCCUUGAACAUUUCCAACAAAGAGCUGAGCUCCACUUUGAAGAUUAGGUUUUCUGAAAUGGAGUUCCUGAUGAAGCGACUGUUGAACCCAGUGUUUAAACUGAUGGAAGCUGCAUUAAGUUCAGCCCAAGAGCUUGAGGAUAUGCGCUCUCUAUACAAGAAGGAGGCUUUGGCAAGAAAGAUGCUUUACAACAGGCUGCAGGAGAUGUGUGGGAAUGUCCGUGUGUUCUGUCGCUGCAAGGGGUACUCACCCACCACCAGCUGCAUUAUCCUUCCAUCAGAUGAAGAGCUUGUACUAAUGUAUAAAGGCAGCAAGAAGAAGUUUGCCUUUGAUAAAGUGUAUUCUCCAAGAUCUACUCAGGAAGAAGUGUUUGAAGGAAUACGUCCCAUUAUCGCUUCCUGUGUUGAUGGAUAUAACAUCUGCAUACUGGCAUAUGGUCAGACGGGAUCUGGAAAGACUUAUACAAUGAUGGGUUCUGAAGAUAACCCUGGAGUAAGCAUCAGGUCAAUCAGGGAACUUUUACAUUUAUGCAAUGAGAGACCCAUGAUCACAUACAAACUUAAGAUCUCCAUGCUGGAAAUUUACAAUGAAAAACUUUAUGACCUUUUUUCAAAAAUCCCAAAAAGUAGUUUGGAAAUAAGGAACCAGGGAAAAACAGUUGUAGUUACUGAUUUGACAGAAUUUGAAAUAAAAACAGAGGAAGACAUUAAAAGCAUCACACACCUUGGAGAAAAAAAUAGGAGAGUUGCUUCUACAAAAAUGAACAUAUCAAGCUCUCGUUCUCACCUUGUGCUCAUACUGAGAGUGGAUGGAACUGACAAAGUGUCUGGAGUCAAGUCCCAUGGUACGCUAACACUGUGUGACUUAGCCGGCUCUGAGCGUAUCUCCAGAACUGAAGCUUUGGGACAGAGGCUUGUGGAAGCAGCAGCUAUUAACACAUCUUUGACUUCUCUGAGUCAGGUUUUCAAAGCUAUAAAAGGAAAUGCCCUUCAUGUGCCUUUUAGAAAUUCUAAACUCACACACCUGCUUCAACCUGGCCUCAGUGGAGAUGCCAAGGCCUGCGUGUUUCUAAACAUCAGCCUAGAUGUGCCAAAUUAUGAAGAGACUAUAACCACCCUUCAGUUUGGUUCAUCAGUUCGACAGGUAGCACUGGGUAAAGCUACGCAACAUGUAACACACAACACAGAAGUAAAGUCUGAUAAUUAAAAGUGACAUAUCCGAUUUGAUUAAUGCAGAAUACAAGAGUUUGGAAAUACAUAUAUGGACAAAUGUAUUUAUGAAAAACAAACAAUAAAAUUGUCUGUGUACUUUUAAUUACUAUUUUUUAAAGAAUCCCAAAUUGUUUCAAGCCAUAAUUUGAUUUUCAUUAAUCUCAAUAAUCUUUAAUAAACAUUUGAAUCAAUUAGUCAAUCUGUUUUUUUCUUCUUUUUUUUUCUUCUUUUUUUUUUUUU